UUUAGUUCCGCCCUGUUGGGGAGGGAAAGUGCUUGGUCCCGCCCCAGCAGCGUGCCUGUUUGUGAAAGCUGGAGUGUACCAAGCAACAUGAGGAGAGAGAGUCGUGGCAGUCUAGGGAAUGAGAGACUGCGGAGCGCUCAAAUUCAAGGCGUCACCAUAGCCGAGGAGAUGGGGAGAAUCCGGAAGGUUCCCGAUUGUUCACCUGCUCAAGGGCUGUCUUAUGAGAUACAUUGCAUGGUAGCAGGCCAGGGAGUUAGUUGGUCAGCUGAAUUGGAAGAAGAUUUUCCUUGUUCUUGGCAAUGGCAUGGUGACCUCUUGCUGCUGAAUGAGGACUGCUUUCAAACCAAGCAUUGGGGAAAACUGGGACCAGAACUCUGGGAGACUGUUGCAGGGACACGUGAAAUCCAGGGUUUAGCAAAACGAAGGUGGCUAUCACUGUACCACACUUACACUCCAACAGUGUGCUGCUGGGUGAACAUGGCUGGACAGAACAUGUGGAUAAUGGUAUCAGGACCCAGUCUAGGAUACCAUAUUACAUUGUUGUCAUGUCUCCUUUGGCUCCUGUUGACUGUGGCAGUUUCACAGAAUUUCUUUGUUUUGAUGACCUUGACAGUAUUGAGGAGUACCACUCAGGAAUCUUUUUGAUGUGACCUGGUGCGUGUUUUCCUUUGAGAUCGUCACCAAGAUGCUGCAAGUGGCGUCACUGCCUCGUACUGGAGAAGCACGUGGGGGUCUGUAUGCAGAUGACAGUUCUAGGGACCUUUGGCUUUAAGUAGCUAUCUCUUCCCCAGACCCAUAUUCAGGUUCAGUCUACUCUUGAGUCUUUAUCAAUCUUUUUCUUCAAGACCAUAAAAAAUCGGUGCUGGGUAUUAAGGAGGGCAUGUACUGCAUGGAGCACUGGGUGUUAUACGAAAACAAUGAAUCGUGGCUCACUACAUCAAAAAAAAUAAAAUAAUUUGCAAGAAGCAAAAAUAAAAAAAUCAUGUUGUUCAAAUAUGAAAAGUGAACUGAACACCAAAUCUCUUUUUUUAUAGAUUUUAUUUAUUUAUUUGAGAGAGAGAGAGUGUGUGCGCACAUGAGCGGGGGGAGGGGCAGAGGGAGAGGGAGAAGCACACUCCUCGCUGAGCAGAGAGCCUGACAUGGGGCUUGAUCCCAGGAUGCCGGGACUGUGACCUGAGCUGAAGGCAGAUGCUUAACCUACUGAGCCACCCAGGCACCCCCCCAAAUCUCUUUUUGUUAAUAGAAUUAAAAUGUUUUAUUAUCUUCCUAGCAAAUUUAGUGCCUCCUUAACUGUUAGGGGAGCUCUUUAAAGUGAAUCCUUUAAGAAGAAAUUAUCUUCCUUUUGUUCAUGUGAUUCUUAUCCUAAAGAGUCUUCCUAUUUCACUAUGGGUGAUGUCUAAAAUCUUCCUCCUGAGUGUCAGCACCCCCUAUAAGAUUGCCAUAUUUUUUAUACCUGUGAACCUUCUCCCAUGAUUUUCAUGCAUGAUAUGUUCUUUUCUCAUCAUUUUCUUCACUAGACUAUGAUUCAAAUAACUUCAAACUCCACCUAGAGUAAUACGAGGAGUGCUAAUACCUCCCUAUCUACUGCCUUUUGAACACUGCGGUUUAUCCCCUAGAAUGUACUGGCCCUUGAUAUGUGUAUGGUAUAAAUACUCAAAGUGUUGAACAUUUGAUUAUGUUCCUACAUAUCUUCUAAAUAUUUGUAUUAAUGCUGUCAUCUUCCUAAAGAACGUGUAUGUAAAUACCCCAGUCAAGAUAGGACUAAGUAUCUGCUUAUUGAUAAACAGGAGGAAGAUAAACACUCUAAUAGCUCUGGACUAUAGUCAUCUACAAAUUUGAGUAAGGGGACUUCUUAAAUCUGAGGUAGUCGGUUUCACUGUGCUUUCUUUAGUCCCUUGGCUGUGAUUAUAGGAAAUUAACUCCCGACUCAGUCCAAAGCUGGGUAUUCCCUCAAGGAAAUUGCUAUUUCUGAUUCUUAGAACAUGGAACCUUUUUUAUGGUUGGCUACUUGGGGUCCAUAAUAUCAAGCAGUGUCUAAUCUUUCUGUAGAGAUUGACUCUUUUACAUUGC